UAUGCUGUGUUUGCUAAGUAUGAAGGAGCUGAUGGGACUAGUGAUGUACCUAUUGAUCAGUCAGCAUUGUGUGUGUAUAAGAUGAGUGAUAUUUUAGAUGCCUUCAAGGAAGCAGUCAGGGGAUGUAUUCAAGAUGGAGAUGAGUACUCAGUGCAGUACUUGGAAGGAUCCAUCUGUAGUACAUUUCCAGUUGGUCCAGACCCUUUUCUGUGUCAUCCUACUGAAAGUGGCACUCAAGUAUACAAAUACGCUAAAGGCAUUGAUGCAACAGCAUCCGAUGCUGUUCUGGAGCUAUCAGACACUCUGAUGUCAUCCAUCAUUACAACUACUGAGAUGAACCACACUGUAGCUAUCAUUGGAACUAACUCCAAUGGGGAACUUUUAAAGGUUCACAUCCAGAGCAAUACCUCAGCCAGACUGUAUGAAAGAGUAGACCUUGAUAUCACUGGAUCAGUCCUUAAAGAUGUCAAGAUUAAUGACACCACAAGAGAGAUGUAUAUUCUCACUGAACAAAAGUUUUUGAAGAUGCGUGUUGAGAAUUGUGGUCAGUAUACAACGUGUGAGAUGUGUAUUGGUACGGAUGCAGGGAUGGAUGGAGACCCAUACUGUGGCUGGUGUACUCUGCAAAGACAGUGCACCCUGUAUUCUGAAUGCAAGAUGCCUGAUGUGUCUACCCGAUGGUUAGCCUAUAAUACUGCACAGUGUAUUGAGAUAACCAAUGUGGAUCCUUAUGACAAUCUACCAAUCACUGUCACAGAACAACAGAUUACUGUGAGUGUAGAGCAGUUACCAGACUUACUGACCAACAUGACAUAUGAGUGUUGGUUUGGAUCCUACGUAUCUCAAGCUACAAAGACUAAUGAGGAUCUUAGAUGUGUCUCCCCACCUGGUAAUAGGAUACCACCAAUUCAACAAGGAGAUGAUGCUGUUCAGGUUACACUAAGCAUCCAUUCCAGUGAAACAUCAGUCAGUUUUGUGGAAACAAGUUUCUACUUCUAUGAAUGCUCCACUCAUACUUCUUGUGUAUCUUGUGUUGGUAGUCGAUGGGACUGUGAUUGGUGUGUCUUUGAGAAUAGAUGCACUCAUGUUAGUUCUACUUGCUCAGGAGACAAUGAAAUCAUCAUUACGGGACAAAAUAAUCCAGCUUUGUCUUCACCCAAGGGUCCGGGUUCCUGCCCUCAGCUGCUGGCUCAGAAUACUAAAGUCCUUCUUCCCAAUGGAAUUGAAAGAAGUUUACAAGUCAUGACUACAAAUCUACCUGAUCAGACCCAGACUUCUAGCUUUGAAUGUAGCUUUGAUAUCGAGGGAAUACGUCAGACUACAACGGCACAGCGAAAUGAUGAUACCAUCAUGUGUGGAAUGAAAGCUUAUACCUACACUUCCACUGAUGAAGCAGAGCUGAUUGUGAAACUGACUAUUGAAUGGACAGACACCAGUAAUAACCCUCACAUUCUAGAUGACUUAUUCAGCAAUAAAGCAACACUUUACAAGUGUGGAGUAUUGAAGCCAGAUUGUAGUCAGUGUGUUACUGCCAGGCCAGAACUGGAGUGUGUUUGGUGUAAUGCUAUGUGUGAACUAAGAGAGUCUUGUACAACAGCAGAAGGAGAGUGGGUUACCCACAAUAAUAACGCCAACUGCCCUGAUCCAGUCCUCCAAGGGGUGUAUCCAUUGAGUGGACCAAUAGAAGGUAACACCAUAGUAUCUGUAAUGGGUACAGAUAUUGGCACAGGGUUCCAUACUGUACUGAAUGUGAUGAUUGGAGACCAAGAAUGCCAUCUGGAUGGACUGGAAGCCUAUUAUGAAAUAGGCCACAGUGUAAGUUGCCUAACUCAAUCAAGAGUUGAAAGUGUUGUGCCGGUAUCUCUUACAGUCAGGGGAGGUGAUGGGACAGCACUACAGGAAAGCAAAGGAAAUGUCAACUUUCAAUAUAGGGUUCCAUCUAUUACAAGUUUCAGUCCUCGUUUUGGACCAGCAGCUGGUGGGACUCGUAUAACAAUCAAUGGAAUGGCUCUAAAUACAGGACGGAAUAUUCAGGCAUUCAUUGGUGAUAAAGCUUGCAUUAUAACAAGCCCAGUUACAGAGACUGAAGCAGUGUGCACAAGCUCCGAGGGGUCUAUUGGGCAGACAGAAGUUCUCAAGAUGUCUUUUGAUGGAUCAGAUAAAACAAGCGAAGUGUACACUUUCAGCAACAACCCUGUCAUUACUGAAGUCAGUCCAACCACCAGUAUAUAUUCUGGUGGUCGGGAGAUGGUUGUCAGAGGGACUCAUCUAGACACUGCCCAGAUGGCUUCACUUAUUGUUACAGUUGCUUCUCAAAUCACUAAGAGAUCUGUCCGCAGUGAGGGACCCAACAAUAUUGAGUUUGUGGAGAGUUGUGCUGUGGAAGGCUCAGAGAUCAUGCGCUGUACAACUCCCAAUAUAACAUCAGCCGUAAGCAGAUCUCAAUCCAAACAUACUGUGACAUUUGGCUUCAUUAUGGACGGUGUGAGUGACCUCUUAACGUGGUCAAAAGACAACAACAUUGGCUUGGAGUUCUUUCCUGAUCCAGAGUAUGACGAGUUUGAAAACGGCUUGUUUGAGAAGAAGGGAGAGUUGAUGACGAUAAUGGGUAAGCUUAUCAACAAGGCAAUCACUGAAUCAGAAGUCAUCAUUUAUGUUGGACCAGUGAGAAGUGACGUAACCUUCAUUGAAGAAACAGCCCUUGGUUGUAUUUUACCCAAGGAGCAACCACCUGCUGGGGACUUCACCGGCCAAGACAAAGAGAGAGGUCUUCCUGUGGUCUGGGUGGUUCACAGCAACCUUGAGUUCCGCAUUGGUUACAUCUCAUAUCCUUCAGCCAAUGUAACUAUUGCUGUUCUAGCGGUUAUCGGGGCAUUGACUUUCAUUAUCUUAGUCUGCACGGUGACAUACCUGACGAUACGGCUGAAGAGAGCCAGGCGAGAUGCUGAUCUUCUGGUCUUAAAGAAAGACCUUCUUGAAGAUGUUAAGAAAGGACUCUCCCAGAGAAAAUUUGACAUUCUCCGAUUGACAAGUGACGUUGAAGAGAGUGGGAUGCCAUUUGUGAGUCACCGUGACUACGCUACUAACAUGCUGUUCAUUGGACAAGAGGUUCAACCAACCACAACCGAUGAAGAGUACGGUGAAUAUGCUAUGGUUGAAGAAGCCAUGAUGAUGUUCUCUGAGUUGCUAGGCAACAAGGACUUCUUAUUAAUUUUCAUCCAGACCCUAGAUACAAGGAGUUGCUCAAAGAUUUCGGUCAAAGAAAGACAAUCGAUAGCAUCUUUACUGACUGUUACCAUGGUACUGAAUGACACCCUGGAUAUCCUAACAGACGUCUUGUUAACGUUGAUGUCACAGAAGAUUAAAGAUGCUCAAGCCACCAAUCAGGAACUCCUACUCUUCAGCAAGACAGACAGUGUUUUUGAGAAGCUUCUUUCAAACUGGGUCUCCCUAUGUCUGUAUGACCAACUGAAGACACUGGUAGUUCUCAACAGAGAGGGACAUGUCAUCAAGGAAGUCAAGGUGCUAGACGUAGACACCAUCUCCCAAGUCAAGGAGAAGAUCUUAGAUGCCCUCCAUCUCAACAAACCCUACUCCAGCAGACCCAAUGCCAACCAAGUCAGUCUUGUUUGGCAUCAAAGAAAGAACGAGCGUCUGAUCUUGACAGACAAGAGCAUCAGACCUCUCACUAACAAGCCAAGUCCACUCAAGACCCUGAAAGAUUUCCAAGUACCUGACAGAGCACCAGUUACCCUAGUGGAUGAAGGCACAGGACAAGCUGAAAGUUGCUGCGGACCAGUGCAUCAGGAUCAGGACAAAAUUACACAUGAAUAUUUUACCGUCCAAGUUGAAAACCGCUCAGGAGGAUAUCAAAAUCAACAUCUGGCUAUGGAAGCUGAGUCCACAUUCACUGAGGAAGGUGGUUACUGCGUCCCAACAAAAGGUAGCAUCCAGCAGAAGAUCUCUCAUAAUGAACCCCAACCAGAGUUAACAACAAAUGUCACUGACAGUGCACAGCAGAAACAGUAUGAAAGGGAGACUGAUUAUGAACUCAUGUCUCUAGAUAACGCUGGUUUGGAAGAUGAAGAACAAGACCAGGAAGGGUUCAGAGAUUGGCAUCUGACUCAAAAGAAGGAGUCUUUCAGGAUUGAGGAACGCUGCACCGAGCAACAAGGAAGCAAAUUGUGCUGUAUUUCACUCAAUAAACAGAGUCAGUGGGCUGCUAACAAGGUCCCGUUCCAGAGAGUUCUCUCAUCAAAGAGCGUCAUCCAAGAGUAUGUCGACAACAUGUUCCAGACCAUUCUCUCCGUGGAGAGCGCCCCCAAGGCAAUCAAGUUCCUCUUUGACUUCUUUGAUGACCAGGCAGACAUGUAUGACUUGAAGUCCAAAGACCCCGAAAUUAAAUGCGCCUGGAAGAAUAACAUUUUGCCUCUGCGUUUCUGGUCCAACGCCAUCAAGCAUCCAGACUACAUCUUUGACAUCCAACCUACUCUGUCCGUUGAGGCAAGCAUGGAUGUGAUUGGUCAGUUAUUCCAUGAUGCACACGACACCAAGACUGAUAAACUUGGACAGGAAUCUUCCAUCAACAAGUUCCUGUACAGCAGAGAGAAAACCAAGUACCAGCGUCUUGUCCGACAGUACUAUAAAGGUGUGGAGGAGUCUACACCGGUAACCACACAAGACCUCAACACUGAACUACAAAAAGCAAGUCAGAAUUUCACAGGAUUGUUCAGCAAGUUUAGCACCUUGAUGCAACUAUGGGAUCUUCUUCUUGUGGUGUUGAAGACAAAAGAUCAAAGUGAUCAGAAGCAUCUGGGAUGCUUGCUGCAGGAAGUGAAAGAAACACUCUCCAGAGGCGAUGCUUUGUAAAAUUGCCCCAAGGAUUAAACCUGGUUUUCCAGGUCAACUUCUGCCAUUUAAAUUCACACCUCAAGUUGGAUCAAUCAAGGUUCAUUUAAGCUACUAUUUCAUUCAGUUUCGUUUUGGUGAACUCAUUAUUUUGUUCUGCUCAUUCAGAUUCAUUUCAGUCAUUGCAAUUCAUUUGUUGGCAUUAAACACUACAUGUUCCCUAUUCAGUUGAUUGUCCACCACCCAUAAACACUUGAUGUAAUUAAAUGGUUGACAAGCCUCUUGCUGCUGGCUCUUAUGAAAUUGAAUGAAAUAAUUGAUAUAAUGAAGUUGAAUGAUCUUAUACUUGAAUAGUGAAUACUUAAGUGUUGAGGUUGAAUGACCGUUGAAUGCUUAAAAUGUGAAUUUUUAAAUGAUUAGUAUUUGAAUGAGCUGUGUGUUAAAUAACCAAGGGUUCUUUGUUGACAUUGGCCAGGAAAACAUACAAGAAAGUAAGAGAUAAUCAUUAAAUGAGAUGAGACUUGAAUAAUGUAAUGUGUAAGAAAUGUUGCUUCCCUUAGACAGGUUUCUGUUUUGAUUUGCCUGAGACAAAAAUAUACAAAUGUCUGUGCAUAGACUUGAAAUAAUAUUACAAAAAAUGAGGAAUGAAAAUAAUAAUGUCUGUCUGAUCAGUUUUGAGGUUUAUGUAUUUUUCAUGGUAAUAUUUUAUUAUUUUUAUUCUUCUAUUUUAUUAGCUGAAAUGUUUUUCAAAGUAAUAGGUUUUCCAGCACAUUUUGGACAAAAUACUUCACAUUAGUUUCUAACAGUGUAGAGUUUGUUGUGUUUUUUUUAGGCAGUAAUUCAUGAAGGUUUAUGGAAACUCCCAAUCAGAACCAUACCCAAUCAGGCUUAAAGAUAUUUAAAUAAUGGACUUUUGUACUCAAUUUUUACAUAAUUUUGACCCAGUUUGCGGUGAUUUUUACACAGAUUCUUGGACAUGUUCACCCAGAAAUUUGUCAAUAAAUUAAUAGUGGUUUUUAAUUUUGUUACCACUUAUAGUAAACAAUGAAAAUGUGAUUUUUUUUGGCAAGACUGUGACGGUUAAUUUGUAUUUUUGAGGAAAUUUUAACUUGUAUACCAUUUCAGUUUGUCUAUUAAUAUUUGUUUAAAUGACAGUUCAUAAAUGCAUGAUUGUAUAAUACUCAGAUAAAUGUAUGUUAUUAAAGACAUUUAAUUAUCAUCUUCAAGAUGUUUAUAAGUUGAAAGCUGUCAUGCUACGUUGAAAAUAUGACAUAAAGUAUGAGGAAGUGAGACUUCGGGUGAAGUUUAAACACUCUUGUCCACAACAUCACAAGCUGGAACAUUGCCCUCACUGAAGUAAGUUGAAGCCAUUCAUUGGCUAAGAGUUUUACCCCAGGAUGAAUGCAGGUUCUAUUCCAUGAAUGUUAUACUUAUAGGGUCAAUUUUUAGGAAGAAUAUUUAAUUUAAGCCAAUAGUUAAAACUUUUUCUUUGUACAAUUGUUUAUUAUUCUAAAUAUUUUAAAAUUGUGUUAUCAAUUUAGCUUAUUUUUUUAACAAUUAAGAAUUGUAAGCAGUGCCAUAAAGUUGAUCAACUUUAUAAACAAUAAAAUAUACAGAAGA